GUGAAAUGCCCCGCGUCUCCACCAUCCGGUAACAUCUUGCCAGCGCAUCACGACUGCCUUCAAUGCCCGUCUUCAUGCCAGAGCAAAACAACCCGUUUGCACAAUCGGAUUAAUUGAAAUAGGCUCAUAUUAGCCUAAGAAUAUAUUCAGUUGUCAGCGGAUAAGAACGUGUCUCUAAAAUUCUGAGGGUCGUGCUACAGAGAAAUACGCUUUGCGUAGACUGGCGCGUGCAUUUUCAGGGCGCGAGGACGUGUUGUAUUUACAUUCACAGUAUAACAGGAGCACAGAUUGGAAUGGCCUCUUCAUCACGCAGAUAUUAGCUAUGUGAAAGAUCUGGCAAGACAAAAUGGGGAUGGCUGAGAGGUUGUGUGUGGUGGUGAGCAGCUGAGGUUGGCUGUGAUCUGGAUCUUCUCUACAGAUUGAGAGCAUGUACAGGAGGAAUGGGCUCCCUGCCAGCGUCAGCAUCACCUCUGGCCACACACAGGACAGCAGCAGUUCAGAGUCUCUGGAUGGACGGAGCUUGGACUCUGCUAAGAGUUUUGAUGCGGUGGUGUUUGACAUGCUAAAAGUGACACCUGAGGAGUUUGCUAGUCAGAUCACUUUGAUGGAUGCUCCUGUUUUUAAAGCGAUACAGCCUGAGGAGCUGGCCAGCUGUGGAUGGAACAAGAAGGAGAAGCACAGCCUUUCACCCAAUGUUGUGGCCUUCACGCGGAGAUUCAACCAGGUGAGUUUCUGGGCAGUGAGGGAGAUUUUGACAGCUCAAACACUGAAAAUACGAGCAGAAAUAUUGGGCCAUUUCAUCAAAAUAGCAAAGAAACUGCUGGAGUUGAAUAACCUGCACUCUCUGGUGUCGGUGGUCUCUGCCCUUCAAAGUGCCCCCAUCUUCAGACUGAGCAAAACCUGGGCAUUGAUCAGUCGAAAGGACAAGGCCACCUUCGAGAAACUGGAUUUCCUUACGUCAAAGGAGGAGAAUUACAACCGCAUGAGAGAGUACAUCAGAUCCCUCAAAAUGACCCCCUGUAUCCCCUACUUAGGAAUUUAUCUGUUUGAUAUGACCUACAUUGACUCCGCCUAUCCUGCCUCUGACAGCAUCAUAGAGACGGAGCAGAGAACCAAUCAGAUGAACAAUCUGCUGCGCAUCAUCUCCGACCUUCAGAUGUCCUGUAACUAUGAUCAUUUGGUUAUGUUACCACACGUGCAGAAGUACCUGAUGUCAGUGCGUUACAUUGAAGAGCUGCAGAAGUUUGUUGAGGAUGACAAUUACACACUAUCUUUGAAGAUUGAACCUGGGAACAGCUCACCUCGUCUGGUGUCCUCCAAAGAAGAUCUUGGAGGUCCCUCCGAAGUGUCCGCUUCAGUGAGAUAUAACCGCCGGCCGACCUGUCCUGAUACCUCAGUGGUAGCCUAUAUCCCCACCCCUCCUCCUGCCCGUCACAGGAAGAGCCACAGCUUGGGAAAUAAUAUGAUCUGCCAGUUUGGUGUGGCGGAGAGUAAAAGUGCAACUUUCCCAGCCAAAGAAAAGGCUCGACAUCUGUUGGACGAUAGUUUCUUGGAAUCACACAGUCCUGUCAGAAACCACACCCAUGAUUCAGUUUUCACCAAUGGCAUUUCUCUGGGCAGUAGAGAAAGUUCAUUUAGUGAUGAAUUAUCGAGUACUGUUGAAAGAGGUCGUAUGUACGCAACACUCGGUCCAAACUGGCGAGUUCCAGUCUGUAGGUCCCCUAGAAGCAGAAGUUAUGUUUACAGUACCUCUGGGGCUGUGUCCAGCUAUGAAUGCAGUUCUCUGAGCAGUAUAACCAUCGAAGGGCCAUUACGAAGGAAGACACUGAUGAAGGGGGGCAAAAAACCAACUCUCUCAUCAUGGAGGCGAUACUGGAUUGUGUUGUCUGGCUCUAUUCUCAUCUAUUUUGGUUCUAAAGCACUAAGAGCAAAUGAACGAAGACAUUACAAAUCCAGGCCAUGUAAAAAAAUCACACUCACAGGUUGGAUGGUGGCACUGCCCGACAACCCUGAACAUCCAAACAUUUUCCAGCUCACUGAUCCUGAAAGAGGCAAUGUUUACAAGUUCCAGACUGGAUCACGUUUCUCUGCAGUUAUCUGGCACAAACAUCUGGCCGAGGCUUGCAGAAGUACAAAACCACAGAUACCAGCAAACCUCAUGUCUUUUGAAUAGUCUUGGAAAGUGGAAAACAAACCAGCGGAAUUGAAAGAUGUGAAUACCUACAAAAUGUGAAAGAUUUUUGAUCUGUAGCCAAAAUAUGAUGAUAUUUUUACAUUUCGAAGAAUGAAACUGCGUUUUGGGCACCUCAGCCUCCGUGUAAGCGGACCUAUACAGCUAAAACUGAGUCUCCGAAAGCUGUAUAUAUUGCAAAAAUCCGAAAUUAAUUUAUGGCGCUUUUCCAUUGGAUAGGACAGCUUGGUACAACUCAUUUUCUUUAUGUACAGUACCUAGUACCUGAUACUUUUUUUAGUACCACCCAGGUUGAGGUUCCAAGCGAGCCGUACUCAUACUAAAACAUGACGUGUACACUGCAGAUCACUGAUUGGGCUUCGUUGCUCCAGUGUUGAGCGUUUGUUUGGAUCGCAUUUAUGAUGUCACGUCAGUAGAGGCGGAGCAUCUGUAACAAUAAGUCUAUAAUCCCACCCACUCUGUAGCGGCACUAAACUACCAUUGAAAAGCAGAUCGAGCCAAAGUAAACAGCCACAUCGUACUACACAAUGGAAAAGCGACAUUGGUCAUUGGAGUCACACAGCUGAUGUCUGUCUGAAAUUCAGUUUUACCGUAAAAAAAACUGAAGAUAUGUGUGAAAUAUGUUGUAAAUAAUGUGUAUAAAAUAGCAUCAUCUACUUGAUGGUUCCAUGUGAUUAAGUGCCAACAUAAUGUGACAACUUUUGUAUUGUUAUAGUUUUGCUCAGUCGAUUUUGCACAUUUCUAUAAGGUUGAUGGUCUCAGAUAAAGCAGAGAGAAAGAUCAAGUGUCAUCACUUAUGGCUGUCUUCAUUGGUCAGUGUGGCUGGUCACUAAGGACAUCUUUAUAGUGUCACAUACCAUAACAUCUAGCAUGAUUCAGACUGUGAUGUUUACAGAAACUGAAGGACCUGAUAAAGCUUUAUUUUCUUGUUACUAAAGGUAUGUGUCCACAUUUUAAUCAUUCCACCAUAUCUGCAUCUAUUAUAACUGUAUCCAGGUGUACAGUACUGUUUUCUUUCAGAGAUGACCGCUGAAUAGAUUUGACCGCUGUCGCCUAUGACCUCUGACCUCUCCAACUGAGACACAUGCAUGCCAAGUCUUGCCAUUUUAAAGAAGACUUCAUGUGUGUUGGCUCUUAUUAUAGCCCAUAUGGACAAAAUGCAAAAACAAAAUAGAAAGAUAUUCAUUUAAAAACUUUAAUACUUAUUUUUUCUAAUAUAGUUCUAUUGCAAACAUAUACAAUAUACAGCAGUUUGAAUGCUUUUGUUAGAUGCAUUGGCUGAAACCAGUGCAGUGUUAUGCAUACUGGUUUGAAAAAAUAAAGUCAGUUUUGACGGGUGUGUUGAUCAUUUGUGAGCAUUGACCAAAGUUUGUAGAAAUGUGUAAAAUCGAUUGACAAUUGUAGAAUUAUAUUCAGUUCAUGUUAGAUGUUAAGGUGGAAGACAGUCUAACCCUGCAGCAUAAUGACAAGCAUUAGCACACAAUGUGUAUCUGCCUAAUGGAAAGACAAGAAAAAACCCAGGUGCAUUGUAUUAAUGUCACAACUCUCCUCAUUUUCUUUUGGGUAAUAUACAGAUGUUUUUUUUCACGAGCACAUUACCUGGAGUAAAUUAAGCUUGUGAAACUUUAUUUCUUACAUCCCUGCUUAGAGCAUGGCCAGAUAUGUAUGUAUUCAAAUUAAAAUGUGAAAUUCCUGGGAAAUGUGAAGGAUUGUACAUGGGGUCAAUAUAAGUCUGACUUCACACGACACCGCUUCCGGGUCCUUGUUAAGUCUGAAUGUUUAGAUUGUUGUCUCUAUUGAAAUCAUUGGAGGCUUGGACACGGUAUGUUUUGACACGACUUAACAAGUGGAGGUACAUCAGAAUUAACUUUUUUUCUUGAUGUGAUCUUUGGAAAACCACUGAAGCUCUGCGAUGUAGUUCAGUGUUCACAUAAUUUAAAUUAUUAUUCAGCUUAUUUAUUUAUUUAUUUUAUGAAAUACAACAAAAAGCCUGUAUAAAUUGUAAAGUAGCGUACAUUGCAAAGCCCAGCAUUUAUCAAUGACACAUGUUUGUAAGGUGUAGAAAUUAGACUUAUUCCACGAAAGUGUAAUAUUUGUGAAAUGUAUGUCAAAUUAACUUUGAUUUU